AUGUCUCUUCUCCCAGAUCAAUCUGGGCUGAGCGCGGAACCGAUCCACGCCAUUCAGAGUCUAGUGCUCGCUGCACUAUACUUUCAGAGCGUGGAUAUGAGAGUCGCCGCUUUCCACCACAUUGGCCAGGCCAUGCGUAUCUGUCUCGUUGAGGGAAUACAUAGACACAUGCCCGAGCACAUAGUCGGUGCUGACCACUCAAGGCGAUGUAAUACUGUGUUUUGGGUUGUGUACAUUUUGGACAGAGAAUUUGGCGCCUUGAUGGGUGUACCGCAUUCAUUGCCCGACGAAGACAUCACCGUGAAGCUGCCUUCGCAACUCGACGGUUCGAUUGACGCCAUGAACAUGGCGUUGCACGUGCAGCUAUCAGGAUUGACGGCAAGGAUAUUCACAACUGUCUACGGCUCUGGAGGAGCGUCCGACGGGUCUCUCAUCCCAAACACGCAGUCCAUACUCAGAGAUCUGGCACGAGUAUCUCAGGACCUGACAGACUUCUUCAGGACACAUUUCCAAGGGUCCGUGAGCCGCGCAUCCAGGAUGGCACAGAGGUUAAUGAUAUCAUAUCAUCAUUGUGUUGUCCUCACUACACGACCUCUGGUCAUGUGUGCACUGCAAAUGCAUGUCGAAAACGCCGACGCCCAAACGCCAGAGACUAUUCCAUUGACACCGCCGGUACGGUCGCUGUUGCAGUCAUGCGUGGACUCUGCGCAAACCGAACUGAGGAUGAUGCGUGCGUUGGCAGACGAAGACCUGCUAGAUUCGUUCUUGCCCUUCCAACUUGAGGCGGCAUUUUCCUCGGCCUUUGUGCUUUAUCUACUCCGGGUCAUAAGCCCCUCGCUUCUGCAGGAUGACGCGUGGUGCAACAACAUCCAACACGUCCUCGACAAGAUGAUUGCAGAUGGUAGCCUUGUAGCCCCUCUGCGAAAAGUAGAACUCAGUCAGCUCGAGCAUGUCAUGGCGGCACUGACCCCGGAGAAAUGCAAGCCGCCACCCUCAGUGUCUGGCGACAGUCGAUCAAUGCCAGCUGAUCUAGACUGCUCGCUGUCCGACGAUAUACUCAAUAACCCAUUUUGGGACAUUUUUGUCACUGACGGGGUGACCGGUUUGCUUCCACAAGAGCUCAUGGAGUUGGCGGACCGACUUGAUGUCGAUUUCCUGCCAGACUCACAUUGA